GGGGCGUCGCACCAUCGUCGUCGGCCACCGGACCGACCGUCCCGUCUCGACCGAGCGAGACGAGAGGAGUCUCGCGUCUUGGCCAGUAUCAAGCCGGGAGCCGUCGUCGUUGUCGUUGUCGUCGUCGUCGUUGUCGUCGUCGUCAUUGUAGUUGAGAGAGAAAUAGAGAGAGAGAAAGAGAGAGAGAGAGAGAUAGAGAGAGAGAGAUAGAGAUAGAAAGAGAUAUAAAUAGAAAGAGAAAGAGAGAGAGUGUGAAAGAGACGGACAGAUAGAGAAAGAGAGAGAGAAAGAGAGAGAGAGUUCGAUCUUCUCCCUUCCUUCUUUCUCUCAGUGUUUCUCGAUCGUGUGUUUGUUUCUUACUAGUGUGCGUGCGCGUACGGUGGUGCGUAGCACCGACGAGGAGGAGUAGGAGGAGGAGGAGGAAAAAGAGAAGAAGAAGAAAAAGAAGAAGAAGAAGAGAAAGAAGAGGAGGAAAAAGAAGAAGAAGAACAAAUAGGAGGAGGAAGGUGAUAAAGCCGAAAGGGAGGAAAGGAGGAAAAAAUAUCCUCAUCGUCGUUGACGCCGUUCGUUGACGUUAUCGUCGUUAUCGUCAUCGUUGACGUCGUCCCCGUCGUUCCGGUCGUCGUUGUCCCCGUCCCUUUUCCCGUUUCCGUCAUCGUCUUCGUCGUCGUUGUCAUUGUCGUUGUCGUUGUCGUUGUCGUUGUCGUUGUCGUUGUCGUUUCCGUCGUUGUACUCGUCGACGUGUGCAAAGGAAUAAAGGAGGAAAAAAGAAGGAAAAAAGGGAAAAAAAUGGGGCGUACGCGGGGCCACGAAAGACGGAUCGAUCGCGAAAUAAACGUACGUCGGAACGACGGCGUGCACUACUAAGGAGACGACCUUUCCAACGAGGCUCGACCCGGAACACAUUUUGACUCUGAUACAAAUCUUUAACCGAACUUUAAUCUAUCUCUUGCAAUUGGCUUUCCCUCGAAUACAUUGAGGUUAUCUCUCUUUCUCUCUCUCGUCAAUUAGGUCGGACCACGUUCGUUUAUACGUUCGUUCGUACGUUCGUACGUUCGUUCGUACGUUCGUUUGUUCGUUCGUACGUACGUACGUACGUACGUACGUUCGUAGGUACGUUCAUACGUACGUGUAUACGCGUACGUACCACGCAUACUCUGAGUUUCUACCGCUCGCGCAGUGAAAGUGAUUUCGUUCGUUCCAACGACAAUUUAUUUUUUCUUUUGAUCUAGGGGUGGGGGAGGUGGUUGGUUAUAGUGGACAAUCGGGGGGGGGGGGAGUUUCUACCGUAUCUCUCUUUCUCCUUAACGAAGAUCGUCAAAGCAGCUCGCGAUGACAUCGUUCGCGAUCAGAUGACCGUCGCUAAGGCUUCAAGGAGUGCAAGGAAGAACGUAUAUGUGCGAGAGUACGAAAGAAAAAGAUAGAGAUAGAGUUAGAGAUAGAAAUAGAGAUAGAUAGAUAGGGAAAAAGGAGAAGGGUGAGAGAGAUAGUUAAGGAUAGACGGAAAGAAAGCUAAAAAAGGAAGAAAGGGAGAAAGAAAGGAAGUAAAGAAGAAAGGAAGGAAGGAAGGAAAGAAGGAAGAAAGAAAGAAAGAAAGAAAGAAAGAAAGAAAGGAAGGAAGAAAGAAGAAAAGAAAGACGGUGUUCGAUCGAGUCGAGAGAGAGACUCAUCUACUUGAGAAUCUCGGUGCUUCUUUUAUCGUCGCGAUCGUGAGUGUGCCUCGUCGAUAGGACCAUAAAGAAAGGGGUUGCUCGUGGAAAGAGAAUUAGAAGAAGAGAGAGAGAGAAAAAAGAGAGAAGAAGUAGAAGAAGAAGAAGAAGAAGAAGAAGAGGAAGUAGUAGUAGUAGAAGUUGGGAGAAAGCGGAGAAAGAAAACCAGUAGUGCUCUCGAGAAGACGACGACGUUGGGUAAAAGACGGAAAGAGAAAGAGAGAUAGAUAGAUAGAUAGAUAGAUAGAUAGAGAGAGAGAGAGAGAGAGAGAGAGAGAGAGACUACAGAUAUAGAUGCAAGUGUGUCAGCGACGUAGAACGAGUUGUCUCGAGGUGUUGCAAGGGUUAGGUCGUCUCUAAGCAGAAAAAGAGGAAAUUGAAAAAGAUCUUUUGUGCAUCGUCAAUAAAGUAAUCAAGUUUUUUAAUUUUGUCGAAAGAAACGACGAAACGAUUACGUACGUCUUUCGAUAAUAAUCGUAAUCUCCGAGAUAGUCAUUCGUCUAUCACAUCGAAAUCUAACAUAUCGUAGAUUCGUUUAUAUAAAAGAAGAAGAAGAAGAAGAAGAAAAAACGAAAGAAAUAAAAAAACAAUUGUCGUUCAGUCAGGACGAGCACGUUGUUCACUGACGGCCGUCAUAUCGUAUUUUCCCUCGCUUUUUCUCCCCGGAGCCCUUUCUCUCUGGGUCCACCUUCUCUCUUUGACUGACGCCCACGCACGCAUACCAAAGUGAGCGUGCGCGCGUGCGUGAUCACGUGCGACUGCAGCCAAUGCGCGCACUUUCUAGCAACAAAGAAUUACGGGAAGCCGGUGGGCAGUAAACAAGUGUAACGUAAAGGAAUUUUUUCGAUGUAUCCUUUGAGACCCGAGAUGAAAAGUAUUUAAUAACGAUCAAGAGAGAGAGAGAGAAAGAGAGAGAGAGAGAGAGAGAGAGAAAGCAAAGGACAAGAAAGAUUACUUCUUUGGAAAAGGAGUAACGAGAAUUAAAAAAUUUUCGAUUGGAGAAAGAACAAAAAGCGACGAGAAUGUACAAGAAGUAUUGGAUGUUAAGGGCAAAUGCAGCGGCUAUGGCCCUGAUAUUAAUGACCCUUUUAAUACUUGGACAGGCAGCGUUGUCAUUCGUUUUGGAUGGCUCGUCGACUAGUUACGCACAGUUCCGAAAGUGGAACGCCGCAUUGAACGGUAGCUUAGAGUUCGAGUUCAAGACCGAACAGGGCAACGGUUUGUUACUUUAUACGGACGACGGUGGUACCUACGAUUUCUUCGAGGUUAAACUAGUUGAAAGCGCGUUACGACUUAGAUAUAACCUCGGUGGAGGCGCGCAGAUCGUCACCGUGGGCCACGACCUCGGUGACGGUCACUGGCACAAGGUACAGAUAAGCAGAUCCAACGAGAAUACAACAUUGACGGUAGACGGUGUCAGCGCCGUAUCAACUUCGCGCGGCAAGGAGUUUGAAUUUGGAAAGUUGUCCGGUAACUCGGACGUUUACGUCGGUGGUAUGCCCGGUUGGUACAACAGCAAGCUUACCCUGUUAGCUCUGCCGAGUGUCAUCUUUGAACCAAGAUUCAAUGGAUUCAUCAGAAAUCUCGUUUAUGCUGAUGCCGAGAGUUUGGUACCAAGGAGACAGGAAAUGAAGAGCCGUGACGCCAAGUGUGCCAACUUCCCAUGCGUCGAAAGCGUCAGCAAACGAAAAACACCUAGGAGCUUACGGAACUCGAUGGCAGGCAACACGACGGACGCAUGCGAGACACGAGAUCCCUGUCAACACGGUGGCAUCUGCAUUUCAACGGAUAGCGGACCCAUCUGCGAGUGCCGUUCCGGUGAUUACGAGGGUGCUUACUGUGAGAAAGAAGCAUGGAGUACGGUGCUGCCUACGGCGGGUGCGGCCGAUUACUGGGAUUACAACAAAGUACCCUCGGAGGCGUCAUUUCGUGGAACAGAAUACCUUACGAUAGAUCUAAGCAAAGGGGAUCCCAUAUUAAGUACUCAGGAAUCCGUAGGACUUCAAUUUAAGACGAGACAACCUAAUGGACUUUUCUUUUACUCCGGAGUGGGAGAUGAUUACCUAACCGUGUCUCUUAGGGACGGUGGUGUCGCCGUUGGGAUGACUUUGGCCAAAGGGAGACUUGAUCUACAUAUCAAACCAGCCAGAAUUAGGUUCGACGACAACCAAUGGCAUAAAAUCAUCGUUCAUAGGAAGGUUCAAGAGAUCUCCUCAAUCACCAGUUUCUGCAGGCUUUCGGCCAUCGUCGAUGGAAUUUAUGCGGAACACGGACACACCGCAGGAUCGUUCACACGUCUAGCGAGCGAUCGACUUCUAGUUGGUGGUGGUGCUGAUGCGAGAUCUUUGCAAGGUGCCAAAGGGAUCAACAACUUUGUUGGCUGUCUAAGAAAGGUGGAAUUUACCGCGGAAGGCGUCAAAAUGGAGCUGAUAGAAGCGGCCAGAAGUGGUGCAGCGGGUGCCGCAGCCUGGGGUAAAAUGGAUUUUCACUGUCGCGAGCCAAGAGCCUCAGAUCCUAUCACUUUCACCACCAGAGAUUCUCAUCUCAAGGCUGCGGCGACUUCGGUUAACGCGAGGCGACUUCACGGCGCCGUGGUCACCUUCACCAGCUCAGAGUCCCACCUGGUUCUUCCACCCUGGAAAGCUUCCAAAUCCGGGAGCAUAUCCUUCAAAAUUCGCACGAACGAGCCGAAUGGACUAAUAAUGUAUAGUCGUAGCGGAGCACACACGAGGGAAGAUCUCUUCGCAUUUGAGAUCUUAGGUGGACACCUUUAUCUCCAUGCCGAUCUUGGAAGUGGAUCUGUAAAGGUGAGAGCAUCGAAGCAACGAGUUGACGAUGGUGUAUGGCAUGAUGUGGCCCUACGACGUGUCGACAGGGAUGGUCGUGUUACUGUCGACGACUCUACCGUAGAAUUUCGUACACCAGGCGAUUCGACCCAACUCGAUUUGGAUGGAUUGCUUUACAUCGGUGGAGUAGGAGCACCCUUCGCUCCAUUGACGGUCCCACCAGUUCUAUGGACUGGUACAUUGCGACAAGGCUAUGUCGGUUGCAUGAGAGAUCUCGUUAUUAAUGGUCAUCCCGUUGACAUCGCUGGAUAUGCACAGCAACAAGAUUCAGGUGCCGUGAGGCCAGCCUGUCACGCCCAACCAUCCCUACAUUGUUCCUCACAACCAUGUAUGCAUGGUGGAUAUUGUCUCGAGGGUUGGAACAGAUUCCAUUGCGAUUGUACCGGAACACCAUUUACCGGUCCUACUUGUGGAAAGGACGCUUCGACCCUACAUUUAAAUGGGACCCAACAAAUGACUGCACUCAUGCCGGAUGACUCGAGAACGCAAGCCGAAGAAGUUAUCGUACGUUUCAAAACGACCAGGCCACGUGGUCUAUUGAUAGCUACGAGUUUAGAAAAUAGCAGCGAUCGUUUGCAAAUAUUCCUCGAGGAGGGAAAAGCUAAAAUGCUGAUUCAUAUCGGCGACAGGGAAAAGAGCUUGACGGUCGGACAGGGCUUAAAUGACGACAUGUGGCACGUUUUGAGGUUUUCAAGAAGGGCGAGCUCGUUAAAAUUUCAAGUCGACGACGAACCUGCAAUACGUGCCGAAACACAACUUGGUAAGCAAAGCAUCCUACAAUUUCGGACGCUUCACGUCGGUGGAUACUUACAUGCCGGCGAAGACAUUCCUCACUUUGUCGGACAGCUUCAACAGAUCUGGUUCAAUGGUUACCCCUAUUUGGAGAUAGCCAGAAGUGCCGGUAGCCAUCAGAGUUCUCAUCAGGGUGUGACACCGAUCAUCAGGGUAACCGGGAAAUUUGGAAAAAGGAAUCAUCCUGUCCAUCAUCCUGUUACCUUCACCUCCAAACACACAUUUGUUGGAUUACCAGUAUUAAAGGCCUACGUGGAAACGAAUAUCUAUUUCCAGUUUAAAACACGUGAACCUAAUGGAUUGAUCCUUUACAAUGCUGGAAGAGAACGUGACUUCAUAGCCGUUGAACUGGUGAAUGAACAUAUUCAUUAUGUCUUUGAUUUGGGAGAUGGCCCUGUAAGAAUCAAGGACAAUUCGAAGAGUAGAUUGAACGAUGGCAAAUGGCAUGCCGUUAGCAUUGGAAGGCCUGCACCAAAAAGGCACACCUUGGCUGUAGACGAUCACGUUACUGCUGUUAACAGUCAAGGUAGCAACGAAAAUCUCGACCUUGAUGGAAUAUUAUAUAUAGGUGGAGUAGAAAAGUCUCAAUACAGUCAACUACCGAAACAAAUACUGAGUCGGCAUGGAUUCGAGGGUUGUCUUGCGUCCUUGGACCUUAGCGGCGAAAGUACCGAUUUACUCUCGGAUGCCGUUGUUCCGAGUUCUCUCGUCGAACCCGGAUGUGACGUAUACGCGAAUCUUCACGCUGGAAAAAAAUGUACUCACGAUGUAUGUGCGAAUCAUGGUACAUGUUUACAACAAUGGAACAGUUACACCUGCGACUGCGACAUGACCAGCUUUUCAGGACCUACUUGUAGCGAAGAAGCUGUGGCGUAUGAAUUUGGCGCAGGAAGAGGAAUCAUCACAUAUACGUUUCCAUCGGAUCGAAGACCGGAAAUGAAACGAGACACCGUCGCCUUAGGAUUCGUUACGGGAAUGAACGACGCGGUGUUACUUAGAAUAGAAUCAGCCUCUAGCAACGAUUACUUAGAAAUUGAGAUUGUCGAAGGAAACAUUUUUGCGGUAUACAACAUGGGUACUAACGACCAUCCAGUCGGAGAAGUAGGUGUCAAAGUAAACGACAAUCAAUAUCACGUCGUUAGAUUCACAAGAAGUGGAGCGAAUAGCACGUUACAAGUCGACGAUUACAAUCUUCAAUCAAAUCAUCCGUCCGGCUAUCAGCACUCAGUAUUCAAUAGCCAAUCGACCAUACAAGUAGGCGGCAGAUGGAAUCGAAGCAAAGGAAGGGUCGAAAGACCAUUUUUAGGAGUAAUCGCUGGCCUUGUCGUCAAUGGUGCAAGAAUCUUGGAAUUGGCUGCUGCCAAGGACAGUCGAGUUACUACAAGAGGAGACGUUCAACUUUUACCAGCUGGAAGUCUUCUUGAUAGGGCUGCUCCAUUGCAACGCAUGCAGCAGACUCCAGCAUCCGGCUUCCCAGGGGUGAUGGACGAUCUAAUCUUCUCCGGUGCCGGAAGUGGAUGUGCCGGCGACGACGAAGACGAAGAAUGCACUCCCAUUUACGAGCCUGGUUCCGGUAAGUAUGAUUUGAUAACGCCGGUCUACGUGGCACCUACAAGGCUACCAACAACUUUGAGACCAAAACAUACCGAAAAUAUUCAAGAACGACCGUCGUGCGAUGACGAAGAAGAAGAUUGCGAGGAAGGUUCGGGAGAACCUGGAACAACUGAGGAAAUAGUCGUCACAUCUUCUACCGCAGACACGAGCAGCCCAGUAACAUAUACGACGUCGCGAGAGUACUCGACAAGUCACAGCAGCACUCAGCACAGCCCAACGAUAUCGUCGUCAUCUUUAUCGUCAUCGACGUCGACGCGGGAAUUCGUCACAGUUUCUGUGCAAUACAAUGCUUCAACGAUCGACACAGAAACCAGCCAUAGCAGUAGUAGCGUUGUGACGCACCGAUCGACGACUGUGACAACCCAAACGAGCACUACAGAGAUGACGGACCCACCCCCACCACCUCCACCGCCAAUUUAUCCACCGAUGCCAACCCCACCGAAAAACAGUAACAAGAACAAGAGGAUAACAUCCGAAACUGCAGAAAAUGUGGCACUGAUAAUUGGUAUUAUAGCAGGUGCGCUCAUCGCAAUAGUACUCAUCAUCCUAAUAAUCUUAAAGUUUAAGAAUCGACCGGAAACUAGUUGCACGGUCGACGAGACUAGAAGAUUCUGUCAGGAUCCGAAUGCAGCUCUCCUUGGAGCUACUGGCUCUGGACAGCCGUUUAACGGUGCUCUUAAAAAUGGCGCGAACGGCACAAAUAAAAAACGAGAACUCAUAGACAUCAAGGAGUGGUACGUGUAGGCCUAGCCAAUUAAAAACGUGCAUCCUUCGAACUGGACUGAUAAUAGAAGAGAAAAUGAGAAAAAUAAAGAAAGAUAUAAAGAGGGAGACAGAAAUAGAGAGAAGUAAAGAAAGGGAGAGAAAGAGAGAGAAAGAGAAAGUAUCUAUCUUCCUCAUCUUACGCUCGACCACCGCACAAAAGCAAAAUCGUUUUAUCGUACCAGAAAGCGACGGUGGGUGGGACGUAGAAGAGAAAACCGCAAAACAUCGCAUCUAUGUAUACGCGGUAACGAGUUUCGAUACUUUUUCGAUACAACCGAGAUCGUCAGAAUUCGUGUGUGCCCUUUACAAAUCGCGCCACGAUCUCGCGAUCCUAACGCAUAGAUAGUUAAGUUUUCUCGAAAGAAAGACCUUUCGUUUAUUGUUAAACGUAGUUUUGAGAGAUUAAACGAUAUACAUUUGCAGCGUGCUAUUCAAAGACAGUCGUAAACUUAGGCAAUGACGAAAGUAUCAUAUACGAAUGAUAGAGAGUGAUGGUAAUGAUGAUGGCAAUGAUAAUGAUGAUGAUAAUGAUGGUGAUGAUGAUGAUGAUGAUGAUCCUACAUAGCGAUUAAAACUACAUUUAUUGUUGUAUAGAAAAAAAAAUAUAUAUAUAUUAUAUAUAUAUAAUAUAUAUAUAUACAUAUAUGUAUAUGAUAUUUACCGGUUACGUUAUGCGUGCAAAUUGUUUGUUAAAUUAUAGAUUUUAUUAAUAAAAGAAAAAAGAGAGAGAGAGAGAGAGAGAGAGAGAGAAAGAAAGAGAAAAGCGCGUUGUGUCUAUAUGAGUAGGCGUAAACGCGAUCAGCUUCCGGUAUCGAUCGUGCGAGUGAACGCAUCGAUCCCGAAGGAAAAUAAUUGAUCGUAGGUUAUAGGAUGGGGAAGUUAAUUAAAAGAAGAAAGUUAAGCUGUGAGAACGAUACGGUAGAUAUUCAAAAAAAGGACGACUCUCUCUCUGUGUUUCUCUUCGAGCAUCUGCUCCGUCGAAUCGUUGAAGGACAUACUCGAUUAUUAUUAUAUAAUACACGAUCGUGAUUCUUAUUAGAACGAACUUAAAGUAUGACCAGAAUUUCGAUGGGACAGCAAUGGAGAAGCGCCUGCACGUUUUGUACACACAUUGUUACACAGAAACACAAACAUACACACACGCAAGCAUGCACGUACAUUGUGCGCAUAACAUAUAACACAUUUAUACAUACAUACAUACAUAUAAAUAUAUUUUUUCAUAAGAACCAAUCUAACGAAUCUGGUCGGUACAGCUCGAGCUCGAAUAUCUACGUGGAAAUCGUUCCAUCUUUCUUUUCUUCUCGAAAUAAUAAAUAGAAGAUAUGAAAAGGAAAUGAAAAAAAAAAAAGGAAGAAAAAGAAAUAAAAUAAACAAAUAGUACUACGCACUGUACGUAAGUACAUAUAUAGGUACGGGUAAAUACAUAUAUACGUAUGUACAUUGAUCUCGUACGAUCGAUCAUUUGUAAUUCUGAAGUGAACAGGAAUCGUCAUAAAACUUCCUUCGAGAUAGUGUGGUGCGUGUUAUCGAAAUCGAACUCGGAUCCUCGCAACGAUCGUAAAAAAGAGAGAGAGAGAGAGAGAGAGAGAGAGAGAGAGAAUGAAUGAUCGUGAAAUGGUGAACGUUUAUCAAUAAGAAACGAAUAAGUAUUUACGCGUUGUACGAUCUUCCAUAAAGAUGUAUGAAAAAUUAGAAGAGAGAGAGAGAGAGAGAGAGAGAGAGAGAGAAAGAGAAGAGGAAGAGAAAGAGAGAGAGGAAGAAUAAAAAAAAAGAAAAAAAGAUAGAUAGAUAGAUAGAGAGAGAGAGAGAGAGAAUAAAGGAAUCGCGUAAAUUUUCGCGAGAAGAUAAUAAAGGAGAUAGAAAGAAUGAAUAAAGAAAAAGAUUCAUUGAAAGCAAUAUGUAUGCAUGUAUAAUGAUGGAACUAAAUUACGACAAGACGGAUUACGACAAGAUUAUAAGUAUCUCGCGUGUAAAAGAGAGACGAACAAGAAAAAAAGAAAAACGAAAGUAAAUGAAGAGAUGGUAAGAUGACUCUCUUUUCCUAAAAGUCGGAUGAGAAAAAAGAUAAAAAAAAAAAAGAAAAAGAAAGAAAGAAAAAAGGAAAAAGAAAAAAGAUGAUACUAUUAAUUAGUGUAGUGGCAUUGUAAUUGAAAGGAAGAGGAAUGAGAGAAUGAGCGCGUGAGAACGAGAGGCAUGCUCGACGAUGAUUCAUCGAAAUCGUUCAGGUAUAAAAAAAGAAAAAAAAAGAAAAAAGAAAAAGAUAGAAUGAAGACAAAAUAAUAAAGAAAAAAAAAUUAAAAAAAAAAAAAGAUGAAUAAAACUAAAAAAAUUAAAAAAAACACGUCCGAUUGUCAUAGAAGCAAACAAACAAACACAAAAAAGAAAAUGAAAGAAAGAGAGAAAAGGAGAACAGCCCUUCGCGUUUUAAGUGCGCGCAUUCACGCUAUCUCGAUCCCAAGGAUAAUAAUGAUUUUGAUUAUUUAUUUAUUUUUUUUUUCUUUUUUUUUUUUUUUUUUUUUUUUUUUUAUUCAUCGCUCGGUAUUUCAAACUAACUAUCUCUCUCGUCUAAUGACCUCUCUUCGCGUCCUUCCACGCUCGUUAAAAAAGAAUUUUUGUUAUAAUAAAAUUGAAUAUUUUCUUGAACUAGACAAGGAAUAUUCGUGCGUACCCGCGUAAUAUCGUAUCGUCGCUGUGUGUUCUUAAAUAUCCUUUUAAAGUAACGAGUAUAUAAAAUAUGAUAUAUACGGUAUACAUGUAUUUUGUCGGAGGAAAGUAUAGUAAGGAAAAAUAUUUAAAAACACAAAAAAAAAACAAAAAAAAAAGACAGAAACCAUAUAGCCCUAUAUUCUUACAGUGCGCUUGAUGUAAGAAAAAAUACGUAUAAUUGUGCGCACGAACGCGCUUAUUUGCAAUAAAAAAAAAUGUUUCAAAAAAGAGAGAGAGAGAGAGGAGGAGGAGAGAGAAAGAAAAAGAUAGAGACAGAUAAAGAACGCGUCGUCUUACAUAUUAGGAUACGCAUCAAGCGUAUUUGUGUAUGUCUAUAUAUGUAUAUAUAUGCGUGGGUACGUAUGUUGGUAUAUAUUUAUGUAUAUAUACAUACGCACACACGUGAACUCAAAACAUGUAUAAUAUUCCUACGAAAGAAGGAAAGAAAGAAAGUAAAGAAAAGUAUUGAGAAAAAGUGCACGCACGAAUAAUCGCAUUCGUUAAAAUAUUAUUAUUACAAAUAUAUCGUUUGUCCUAUCGAUUGUCUUUAUCUAUUACUUGUUCGAAAAAAGAAGUGUGGAAGGGACGUGUUAGCACGAAAACUCGAAAUCUUUUUAUCUUGACACGCGAAACCUUUGAAACUACUACUAUUUGUGUCUCUAACGCACAAAAGCUUAAAUUCGCGUUCGGCCGACUCGUAUUAAAAGUCCAUAGACCGUGGAUCGAAUGAAACUAAUUGCAAUCAGGCUUAUCUCAUCCCUCAAUGUAUAUUUCAACAACGAUGGUGGCUUCUCGCGCUUUGAAGAAAACAAAAAAAAAAGAAAAAAAGAAAAAAAAAGCAAGAAAAAAAAUAGAAAGAAAAGAAAAGAAAAGAAAAAAAGAAAAAAGAACAGAAAAGAAAGAGCACAAUAAUAAUAAUAAUAAUAAUAAUAAAAAUAAUAAUAAUAAUAAUAAUAAUAAUAAUAAUAAAAAUCGGCGAGCUUUUAUCAUCGAGUUUCGCCGUACUCGUGUCGCAUGUUUUUGCCGCCCCUGACUUUUUCCCCAACCAACCACCCCCAACCCCUCCAUCUUCGCGGAUCGUUCGAUCCGAAGCUAUAAAAGUAAAAAAGCGAAUCGAUGUCGAUUUCUUAGAAUUACAUUCGAUUUUAAUCUCGAACGGGCAGUCUUAACGAUAUAUCGUCGUCCCUCCGUAGAGCCGACGGAAUUGCGCGAAGACAUAUGUAUGUAUUUUAAUUGUUUAUUUAUUUACCUAUUUAUUUAUUUAUUUAUUUAUUUAUUCAUUUAUUUAUUCAUUUAUUUAUUUAAAAAAAUGUUCUUUCUUUUGCUCCCUCUUUCCUUUGGGAGAGCCAAAGAAUGAAAAAAGACCAUCAUCGAUAUUUUGUUUUUAUUAUCUUAUUCGGCGCUCGUACGCCACUGCCGCGUACGCUGAUUUUUCUUAGAAUUAGUAAAUUUCAGAAAAAAAAUUAAACGAUUCGCGAUAAAAGUUACAUAUUGUUAUCACUGCCCUCUGACUCUCUAUUUGCAUAUCCUUCGAUGUACCGACAACUAUUACGACGUUUAUACUAAUGCAAUUGUAACUUCUAUAAGAGUAUCUACCGAGCAAGGUGUUAUCCUACUAAAUAACUUAACGCAUUAAAUUACGAUUUAAGAGUCUGGCAAUUCGAUACCUUUCACCCUUUCGUCUCACCUCGAUAUCGUCUGAUAAACAAAAUGGCGUAAUAUUAUUAGUCGACAGGAUGAAAGGAGGAAAUGGAGAAAGGAUAUUGACGACGUAUACGGAGUCGAGGAUCCGAAAAGUAAGCGUAACACACGACGCUCACGCGGCUCCGCCUAUUCUCUCUUAAAUUAGGUAGACAGGAAUUAUAUUUUACAUUGUACAGUUGAUCGUGCGUACGAGUGCACUAAUAUUAGAUAGAGAAAGAGCAUGUGCUUCGCGCUGGGACGAGAGGAGCCGAGAGAGAAAAAUAAAGAGAGAGAGAGAGAGAGAGAGAGAGAAAGAGAGUAUGUAUAUGCGUGAAUGAGAGAGAGCGAGAAAGAGAGACGCCGUUCGAUCGCGCAUAUUUUUGUUGUUGGCUGACUCGUGACAAUUUUUACACGCCUAUACAUAUAUAUAUAACAUUAUACAUAUAUAUAUAUAUAAAUAUAUAUAUAUGUAUGUAUGUAUGUAUGUGUAUAGUAGCACUCGAGUGUGUAAAAGACUGGAGGGAAAAAGGGUAUAUAUUAUAUGCUGUGUAAUUCUUUCGCGAUCGUUCGAGCGAUCGAACGUGUUUAUUCAUCGUAUGUAAACCGCUCUAGUCAGCCUCUUUAUCAUUUCGUGAAUUAAAUACGGAUAUAAAUAAUGUAAUACGACGUAGGCGUAUGAUGCAUUUAGAUUUUUUACACGUGAAGGCGAAGCCUACUGUGCCGUUUCGUUAGAAAUUCGAUUUUUAAGCAGAAAAGCAUCUUACCAACCUAUAUCCUCUAUCCCCCUAUCCUCUACCCUCCUCCCCAUCCGCCUGGUCACUCACCUCGUCGCCAUGAAUAACUUUUGGCAAUUCAUUAUUAGGCGCGUCGAACGUACGUAAGUACGUUGCGUAAAUACGCGCGUAUUUAAUUUACUUACUAUACACAAGCACACAAAUACACAUACAUACACAUUACACAUAUUCACACUCAGUUAAACCAUUCAUCACCAUUUUUCUCUUUUUUCGCCCCCGCAAUGUAUCUUUUACAGUGAACGACUGGAUAAAGCGAAUAGAUUUUCACGUCAUACGCAAGAAAACACACGUCGCACCGUAGUGCGCGCACAUACGCGUUACAAAAUUUCUCAAAAAUGGAGACAUGUAAAUAAAUAGAGAUAAUGCCGUAACUACGAAAAUUAUAUGAAUAAAGUAUUGAAAAAUA